AUGACAGCCCGGAAACCCGAUCUUCAGCGUAUUGCCAAGCCUUGGCUGCUGGGUGCUCAACGGACGUACAUCUUCACGUCUGCCAACUUGAUUGACCUUGACGCUGGAACAGUCAUCAAGAACACGACCAUCAAACUCUCCGGUGGCCUUGUAUCAUUAGUCGACACCUCCGGAGUAGAGACUGGCGACAAUGUCGACCCCGACGCUGUGCAAAUCGACCUGAAAGGCAAAUACGUCUGCCCGGGCUUGAUCGAUAGCCAUGUCCACAUCGCUGCAGUACCUGGUUCUUUGAGCCUCCGGGAACUGAAAGAGGUAAGCAGUACCCAGAGUAUGCUACGGCAACCGGGUGUUUGCAAGUCCAUGCUGGACCGUGGUUUCACGACGGUCCGAGAUUGUGGAGGAGCGUCUUUUGCCUUAAAAGAAUCAAUCCAGGAAGGCAUCAUAUCCGGGCCGAGAUUGUUCAUUGCUGGACAUGCCCUCUCCCAAACAGGAGGCCAUGGAGAUCGUCGUCAGCAGCACGACCCCAAUGAGUGCUGUGGGGGGCAUGUGAAUGGGGUCGGCCGUAUCGUGGAUGGAGUGGAUCAGUGCCUGAAGUAUGCCCGCGAGGAGUUGCGGCAGGGCGCGGACUUCAUCAAAAUCAUGGGUGGUGGCGGGGUUGCUAGUGCCACAGACGAGAUCCAACACCUUCAAUUAUCCAAUGAUGAGAUAAAGGCGAUUGUCACAGUGGCCAACAAUGCGGGCACGUAUGUUACCAGCCAUGCGUACACGCCAGAGGCGAUCCAGCAGGCUAUCCGACAGGGAGUCAAGGGGAUUGAACAUGGCAAUCUCAUUGACAAAGCCACAGCCGAAAUGAUGAAGGAGUACGGCGUCUUUCUUACCCCCACCCUGGUGACAUACGCGACGAUGGCCGCUCCCGAGUUCAGCGGAUUCCUCCCCCCUGUUUCUGCGGGCAAAAACCGUGAAGUCUUGGACAAAGGCCUUCUCGCCCUGGAGCUAGCCAAUGAGAUUGGGCUUGAUAUUUGCUUUGGCACGGAUCUUUUAGGUCCUCUGCAUUAUGCCCAAAGUAAAGAAUUUACCAUUCGGAGCACUGUCCAGACACCACUGGAGAUCCUUCGAAGCGCUACCACGACUCCUGCGCGGAUGCUGCGACAGAAUGAAUUCCUGGGCAAGGUUGCUCCAGGGUUUGCCGCCGACUUGCUCGUCUUGAAUGCAAACCCCUUGGAUGAUAUCACCGUUUUGGAUCGACCGGACGUUCAUUUACUAGCAACCAUCAAGGAAGGCCGAGUCGUGAGCUCGCGUUGGAAUGUGUUGGACGUUGAAGAAAACCGUCUGCCAAAGAUCGAGUGA